AUGGAUGUAGCAUUGUUUAGCAGUCAACCUGUUCCUAUCUAUCUAUCUAUCUAUCUAUCUAUCUAUCUAUCUAUCUAUCUAUCUAAUUCUGUGUUUUCAUCUAUCUAUCUAUCUAUCUAUCUAUCUAUCUAUCUAUCUAUCUAUCUAUCUAUAUAUAUAUAUAUAUAUAUGUAUUGCAUAUCUAUCUAUCUAUCUAUCUAUCUAUCUAUACAUUCUGUUCCUAUCUAUCUAUCUAUCUAUCUAUCUAUCUAUCUAUCUAUCUAUCUAUCUAUCUAUCUAUCUCUCAAAUCUCAUUCUGUCUUUCUCCUCCUUCGCUACAUCUUGGCAUAUCUCCCUGCCUGCAAGCCCCAGACCAUUUAUAUCUCUAUCAGUCAAUAUCCGAUUCAGCAUAAGCUUUUCUUAUCUAUCCAUCGCUAUCGAUCCCAUUCAUUCUAUACCCCAGUCUUUCUAGCGGUCUGCGUUAUGCUUCUCAUAGCUCUUAACUUUUUCUUUGCUCUUAUUCAUUCUGUUUCCUUUCUCUUCCCGUCUUCUUCUUCUUCUUCUUCUUCUUCUUCUUCUUCUUCUUCUUCUUCUUCUUCUACUGCUGCUGCUGCUGAUUUUUCCCAUUUUCUCGCCUAUUUUUUCUCUUACACCCUCUCACUUUUUUCCUGCUGCUCACUUUUACUCUUUCGUCCGUUUUCUUUCUUUCUUUGUCCUGUACGCUUUCUUUCUUUCUUUCUUUCUUUCUUUCUUUCUUUCUUUCUUUCUUUUUCUUCCAGUUCCCCUCUCCGUUUUCCCGUCUUGACUUUCUCUUUUCUUUCUUUAUUUCUUCCUCUUUAUUUCUUCCUUUGUCUUUCUAUUUUUCUUUUUUCAUUCUUCUCUUGUUUUUAUUCCAACUUUCUUUGUUUCUUAAUUUACACCACAAUCUUAUCGAUAAUUUUUUUUUUCUCUCUCUCUCUCUCUCUUUCUCUCUUUCGGCCAAAACCGUAG